CGUUACCUACCUUAGCUUUGAUGUCUUGGGCUUCCACACCUUCAAGGUCAGAUUUGAACAAUUUCUGCCAUGCAUUCAUAUUUCGGGAGCAUUCUGAUGCCCUACCAUAGACUGCUGACUACACCAACCACUAUCCGGAUAACCCCACUUCUCCGCAUCGAGAGUGCAACGAGUGAACAAGUGUUGUCGGUCGGACCUUCUCCGAGAGUCAUUCCUCUCUCCACCAACAACUUCAUUUUCAGGGAGUUCAUCCGCAAUCUUAAAGUAACUUGUUUACCUCGCCGACAAAGGGCCCACACCCCCAAGUGCGAGAAGUUCGUUCAGCUUAUCAUCACCAUCAUCAUUGUCAACAACAGGGACCGACACAUUAGCAGACCGUCAUGGCCAACUCAGGUCAAGAACAUGAAAUUCAUUACAAUCUCGUCGAGGACGAUGAAUUCGAUAUUGUGAACAUCGUAGUUGAAGGCACGGAUGGAAUCCAUAGCGCUGGCGCAGCACCAUCCGCGUCCGUAGGUGUGGGAAUAAAGUCUCCAAUUACUUCUCAACCACGCAUUCCAGGGCACCCUCUCUCCCAAAAGUGGCUUCAUGAGGAGCUUGGAAAGUAUCCAGCUAAAACCCAUGUACAAAAGGUGGUUGAGGAGCUUGAUGCGCCUAAGAGCGGUCUCAUUUACCUCCGAGGCUUCGAUGAACCACUCUAUCCAUACUCGGACCAGGGGCCACCGUUUCGGCAGCAACGACAUUUCUUCUACCUUAGCGGCGCCGACUUUCCCGGUUGCGCAGUCACCUACGACAUCCCCCGCCAGGAGCUGAUCCUUUGGAUCCGCCGUAACGACCCACGCCUAUCCCUAUGGUACGGCACCACCCCCUCCAUCGACGAAUCCAAGUCCAAAUCCGACGUCUCCGACGUCCGCUACAUUGACGGCCUCACCGCGUACCUCCAUGCCGUCCUGACUCCCGAAAACGGCGGCGGCGGCGGACCUCUUUACGUCCUCUCCCCCGACCAGCUUCCCAAACUCUCGCCCUCGCCACCGCAGUACAGCUUCUUCAAGGGCAUGCAUGGAUCUGCAUCUAGAGGACUAAAAAUCGACACUACCUCCCUCCUCCCCGCCAUCGAAGCCGCGCGCGUGAUCAAAACCCCGCACGAAAUCUCUCGCAUCCGGCGCGCCGUGAGCCUCACCUCGCUCGCGCACCGCAUGGUCCUUCAACGGAUCAAGCACCUCACUAACGAGCGCGAAGCACACGCCGUCUUCGAAGGGUUCUGCAUCUCGCAGGGCGCACCGCACCAAUCGUACGCGGUCAUCGCCGCUUCGGGCCCCAACGCUAGCACGCUGCACUACGACGCCAACGACGAGCCGCUGGAGGGGAGGCAGACCAUGUUGUUGGACGCGGGCUGUGAGUGGGGGUGUUAUGCCAGUGAUGUGACGAGGACGUUUCCGUUGAACGGAAAGUGGACAAAGGAGGGGGAGGAGAUAUACAAGGUGGUGGAGAGGAUGCAGAGGGAGUGUAUUGACGCUAUCAGACCCGGGAGGUUGUACUACAAGCUGCAUUUGGUGGCGUGUUUGAUUGCGGUUGAGGAGCUGAUGAAGCUGGGGAUUUUGUAUAACGGGACGAGGUCAGAGAUUUUGGCGAGGGGGACGGUAGCGGCGUUUUUCCCGCAUGGGUUGGGGCAUCAUGUGGGACUGGAGGUGCAUGAUGUUAGUGGAAGGGAGAGGCUGUUGUUGACUGGAUCUACCGUUUCUUCUUCAGGCGUGAACAGUCAAAGAGUUCCGGGCUUUCAAGAACCAAGAAGGCGCAUGAAGAGGGAACAAGUCACCCCCGAGGACUUGGCGGCCAUGUAUCGCGAGGCGAUGAUGGAUAGGGAUGACGUUGAGCAGAACGUCGUCGGGCCUCCACCACCUUACAAGGGCAGGCAAAGACUCAGGGAAAAUAUGGUCGUCACCAUUGAGCCUGGAAUUUACUUCCACCGCCCCUACAUCCAAUCCUUCUUCCUCUCCAACCCCGAUCACGCAAAGUACAUCAACACCAAGGUACUAGACAAGUACUGGGACAUUGGCGGCGUGCGCAUCGAGGACUGCAUCCUGGUCACCAAGGACGGGUACGAAAAUCUGACGACGGCGCCCAAGGGUAAGGAGGCAUUGAAGAUCAUUAACGCGGGAAUCCCUGGGUUUGGCGGUGAUGGUCAGGCUGGCGGUGGGAGCUCGUAGGUAGGCGCGCGGACGGAUUGUGUGUGUGUGUGUGUGUGUCAGAGAGGGAAAGAGAGAGAGGGAGAGGGAGGGGGGAGGGAGGCCUUCUUCUAUGUGGUUGGUUGUCAGGCAUGGAUGGCAUUGCUGUGGCAAAUUGAAUUUUUUGUGCAAUUUUUUUUUUCAUCUUUGCUUUCUCACAGACAACUCCGAUUGACUGACUAGUAGUGUCAGCUUUCACAAAAUGAAUGAAAGGACGUGUCAAAAACACCUUUCCCAAUCAC